AUGAGAUUUCUUGCGUCUGCUCUCGUUAUGGGCGGUGCUUGGGCUGGUGCAUUAGCAUCGGCCCUCGAUAAUGACAAAGCCUAUCGAUGUGGCUGGAACCCUUUGGGACAUUUCGAGCCGUCAGAUACCGAAAUUACUUGCCCUCUGCCAUUUAAUCCGAAUACAGCGGUUGCCUGGUCGCCAUGGACUCAUCGGCCAGUGUGUACCAGCUCAAAAACCACCCUCAAAUAUUGCGCCUUCGUCAAGGACAACUUCCGCGGCGACUCCGGCAUACUCAUCCUCACCAGCCCAGAGGUAGCCGCGGGAGACUUCAGCCAAGUCGAGGACUUCGAUCCUCGAUCGCUCGACUCAGGCCCCUUAUCGGUCGUGCCGGAGACCCCGCCCUUUGAGGUCCAAGAGAUCCCGGGUAAAGGUUUAGGCGCCGUGGCGCUCUCGAAGAUCCGCGCGGGCGAGGUGAUUGCGCGGGAGCAUCCGAAGAUAAUGCAGAUCGCGUCGGAAGAGACGUUCAGGGCGAUAGAUAGGGGAGAGGCCUUGUGGGUUUUGGAGGAGGGGUUUGUACGACUGCCGGUGAAAGACCAAGUUAAAGUCUUUGAACUCGCGAGGAGCACCGGGGGCCAUGUGCUCGAGGAUAUCAUUCGUACGAAUACCUUUGGUGUGACCUUCAACAAUGUCAGCCACUACGCAUUGUUCCCGGAAGUCGCACGGAUCAACCAUGCCUGCAGGCCGAACUCAAUAACUCGCUUUUCUCCGAGGACGCUGGCCUUGGAGGUGGUGGCAUAUCGUGACAUUCUACCUGGCGAGGAACUAAGCAUUAGCUACUCACCUUUGAACAUGGACUACAAGGAUCGUCAACAGACGCUCGCGGAAUGGGGUUUCAAGUGCAACUGCUCCCUCUGCAGCUCACCCGACGCAGUCGCGGCCUCAGACGCCAACCGCGAGCGCAUACAACAGAUCGUCUCGAUGCUGAACCAGCCCGUCUUCCAGAACCCGGGACUCAUGAAGCAGCUCGGGGAAGAAAUGGAAGGUAUCAUAGAGAAGGAAAAGCUCCGGGCCCAGCUGGGCGACUUUUACGACAUGUUCGCCCGGGCUUAUGUACGCAUGGGCGAGUGGAUCGCCUCCGCAUCCUGCACGGCCGCCGUCUUCGGCUACGAGCAGAAGGGGUGCAAAGGCGCGCACGUGGUGGUCUCCCGCCGCCAGGUCUGCGAGGACGCGACGGAGCCGUGCAUCUGCUUCUUCGGCUCGUGCGGCAACAUCCUCACGCUGUUCGCGGAGAAUCAAGACAGCCACGCGACGGUGCUCGCGCCGUGCGAGAAGUGCGGCGUCGACGAGGAUCCUCACCAGAUGCUGCUGAUGAAGAUCUUCGACAACGACUUUGCUAAAGAAUGGGUUGAGUAUUUCGGGCACACUCACUGGAAGUUGUGCACCGAGGACAAGUGGCUGGGGAUUUACGAGAGCGACGGGGUCGAGGCUGCUGAUGAGAAUGGCGAUGAGAACGGCGAUGACACUGCGGAAGAAACAGACGACACGGCUGCUCUCGAGCAGGAGGACGGGGCCAGCAAGGAAACCUCGGUUUCGGGGCAAUGA